AUGGCCCCCUCUUCGCUGCGCCUCCUACGCUUCUCACGAGUGCCGACUCGUCGUCUCCUGGGCUCGCAAUCCCGCCGCCCAGUUGUAGUCUCGCGAACCCUACAGCACUCUCGCCCCGCGUCGACAGCUGCUGCAGACGCCAGCCCCCUCUUCGUCACCCGACUCAAGACCUUGCUCUACGGCGCGUCUCUGUCCCUCUCCGCUAUCUUCGGCUACCUGUACAUCACCGACACGAGAGCGAGCGUACACCAAUGGCUGGUGGUUCCGGCUUUGCGAUGGCUCUACCCCGACGCCGAGGACGCGCACCACGCUGGGACCAAAGCUUUAAAGACUGCGUACUCGCUCAACUUACACCCGAGGGAGCGGGCUACGGGCAGGGAAGAAACGAGCCUGAGUGUCAUGGUGUUUGGGCAGAGGUUGCAGAAUCCAAUUGGCACAUCUGCGGGUAUCGACAAGCUGGCUGAGAUCCCGGAUGCUUUGUUUGCGUUGGGGCCGGCGAUUGUGGAGGUUGGAGGAACCACGCCGCUUCCUCAGGAUGGGAACCCGAGACCCAGAGUCUUUAGACUGCCAAGUCGGAACUCGAUGAUCAAUCGUUAUGGGUUGAACUCGAAGGGUGCAGAUGAUAUGGCUAAGACUUUACGGGAAAGAGUCCGGGCCUUUGCAUUCCGAAACGGGUAUGGGAUUGGCGAUGAUGCUGAGGAAUUUGUGCUUAAUGGAGGUUCUGGCGUUCCUCCGGGGAGCUUGACGGAGGGGAAGAUGCUUUUGGUGCAAGUUGCGAAGAACAAGGAUACCAAGGACGACGAUAUUGAGGCUGUGAAGAGUGACUACGUUUACUGCGUGGAGAGGCUAGCACCUUAUGCGGAUAUCUUGGUCGUGAAUGUCAGCAGCCCGAAUACCCCUGGUUUACGCACACUCCAAAGAGUAGAACCUUUAACUAGGAUUCUUGAAGGGGUAGUCGGUGCUGCAAAGGCCACUAAGAGGAAGACUGCGCCAAAGGUAAUGGUCAAGGUUUCUCCAGAUGAGGACCACGAUGAGCAGAUUGAGGGUAUUGUGGAGGCUAUCUGGAAGAGUGGCGUUGAUGGUGUGAUAGUUGGAAACACCACGAACCGAAGGGACAAUAUAUUGCCCCAGGACCUACCCUUGACGUCAAAAGAGAAGGAGAUUCUAAGCGAGAAGGGAGGUUUGUCUGGUCCGCACAUGUUCGACAGGACUUUGAGCUUGGUCAAGAGAUACAGACAACUUCUCGACCAAGGGCCUCCUCCACCGCCUGAGCCAAAGAAGGAGAACAAGACCACCAAACCGGUAGGUCCCAACAUCGCCGAGAAAAUGGACCCUACGAAAGGAACAGUCACCGAAGCCGUCUCAGCUGCAGUGAGGGGCGCAAAAGACCGUACGGGCGACCAUUCGCGUGAGCAAAAAGUCAUCUUCGCUACAGGUGGUAUUACGAACGGGAAGCAGGCUCUCGAGAUCUUGAACGCCGGGGCGAAUGUCGCGCAGGUGUAUACGGCGCUGGUUUAUGGGGGAUCGGGCACGAUCACGAGGAUCAAGAAGGAGAUGAAGGAGGAGAUUGCAAACAAGUAG